AUUUGGACAUGCCACUACAAACCUAGAGGCAAUGAAUGUCUGGUGUCAUUUCCUAUGCUUGUGCUAUGGGAUGUAAACAAACCAUACUAUGGGUGUUGUACUAAUUUUGUUUCUAUAAUGAAGUGUGGAUACUAUUUAUACAUCAGAAAUAUAAGAGGCAUUUUCUUAAUGCUAUUUGUUCUGGCAUAAAGGACACACAGCAAGAAAUUGUCAAUUAGGAAAUAUCAAAUAUUAUUCGCAGAGGGCACACAAACUUGCUCGGAACAAUGGAAAUCCUGUGUACCUUCAUAUAAAAAAAACUGUUUAAGGAAUCUUUACUUGAUACAAAUCAAUAGAAGACAAAUUGUGCCAAAAUUUAUCAGGGCAACAGACCAAAUAGAUCAUUGUAUUCAAGAAACAUGUUUUAUGUAGCCACAAGCCAAGAAAGGGAAGAUUUCUUGACAUCAGACAUCAAUGUGUUUAAUCAAACCCAGGUUUGAAGCAUGAGAUUUGAGAGAGUUUUCAAGUUCUUCGGCAGUUUGAGUUUCAUUGACGACAUAUUCAGGUCUUGGACUAUUUGGUUCUCAAAAUGUUAGUAAACCAUUACUAGACAAAUAUGGAUAACAAGCAUUAGAUAAAGGCAAUCGUUAAAUAGUCAGUGAUUAGAAACAUUCAACAUUCAAGUCUAUAUUUACUAAAUUAGCCUUACAGCCAUUUUUCUAAAAUUUGAAAUAAAUGUGUUGUGUUGCCAUGGCGAUGCGAAUAACCACAAACCUGAACCCAGCGCAAGGAAUACAGGAGACCAAUCAGCCCAAAGACUUAGAUGCUAGUGAGUCCCAGCGUCUAGAGAGAAUACAAGCUGCUAAACGCAUACGGAGGAGCAAAUCUGCUCCGAGUAGUGCACGAUCAGGCUCGGUGACGGUGACCACACCUCCAGAAGAGGAGACCACCUCAACAUGCCUUCCAAACAUCUUCAAAAUGCAACAGAAGUCGGAUAAACAUAAAGACAAGGACAAAGACGAAACAUGUGCUGAUUUCCCGUCUCCUGUGUCAGACCCACCGCCCUAUGAAUCUGUUGGACAUGAUCAGAGUGACAAUGCCCAUGGCGGAGUUGCAAACUACAAAAGUUACCAAGAGAGUGGAAAUGACCUCAGGGAUGAAUCAACGGCUCCAUUGCUGGGAAACUGCGAACAACCAAGACAGUCCUUCCCAAAACUCACCGAAGAUGACCACUUGCAUCCACAUGAUGGGAUGGGUCAGCAGAAUCAGGACUACCAAGCGUGUGAACGUGUUGUGAUCAAUGUCAGUGGGCUGAGGUUUGAAACCCAGCUUAAAACACUUAAUCAGUUUCCGGAGACAUUGCUUGGGUGUCCCAACAAAAGGAACAGGUAUUAUGAUCCACUUCGAAAUGAGUACUUUUUUGACAGAAACAGACCCUGUUUUGAUGCCAUAUUAUAUUAUUACCAGAGUGGUGGACGGUUACGGAGACCAGUGAAUGUUCCAUUGGAUGUUUUUGCAGAAGAGAUCAAAUUCUAUGAAUUAGGUCUAGCAGCAAUUGAAAAAUACAGAGAAGAUGAAGGAUUUAUUAAGGAAGAAGAAAAACCCCUUCCCCAAAAUGAAUUUCAAAGAAGGGUCUGGUUAUUAUUUGAAUACCCAGAAAGCUCAACAGCUGCAAGAAUCAUUGCCAUUUUCUCUGUGCUAAUUAUUUUACUCUCUAUUGUGAUAUUUUGCUUGGAAACUUUGCCUGAAUUCAAGCAUUACAGAGUUGUGAAUGAAACCAUAAAUGGCACAGGCAAUAUUGAAGAAGAUGACAUACCGAAAUUCAAUGAACCAUUCUUCAUUAUUGAAACAUGUUGUAUUAUUUGGUUCACAUCAGAACUUAUGGUAAGGUAUGCAUCAUGCCCAGAGAAAUUAGGAUUCUUUAAAAACAUUAUGAACCUUAUUGAUAUUGUUGCAAUCAUUCCAUAUUUUAUCACACUUGGGACUGUCAUAGCAGAUGAAAGCAAAAGUAACAACCAGGCGAUGUCCCUAGCUAUACUAAGGGUGAUAAGACUGGUUCGUGUCUUUCGAAUUUUCAAGUUAUCAAGACAUUCAAAGGGACUUCAGAUUCUGGGUCAGACGCUUAAAGCCAGUAUGCGAGAACUUGGAUUGCUCAUAUUUUUCUUAUUUAUCGGUGUUAUAUUAUUUUCUAGUGCAGUUUACUUUGCUGAAGCUGAUGCAGAGGCAUCACAUUUCAAAAGUAUACCGGAUGCAUUUUGGUGGGCUGUUGUGACUAUGACCACCGUUGGGUAUGGUGACAUGAGGCCCAUAGGUGUUUGGGGAAAGCUAGUUGGCUCCUUAUGUGCCAUCGCUGGUGUGUUGACAAUCGCUUUGCCUGUGCCUGUUAUUGUUUCCAAUUUUAACUAUUUUUACCAUCGAGAGACUGAGUACGAUGAUCGACAGUCAUACCAACAUGUUCAGUCAUGCCCUGAUUACCCUCAGAAGAAAGACUCGUUACUCUCAGAUAGUGGUUCCGAUGUGCUAGAAAUGGGGGAGGGCGGAAGCAACUACAAUAUUAUGGACAAGGCAAAUGAAAAUCACACUAACAAAAAUAAUAAUCCAUCAAGUGUGAACAACCUUAGUAUUGAAACAGAUGUAUAAUGAGAAUCAAUUCAUCAAAUAUUCAUGGAAGCCACAUUAUUAUGUAGAAAUUUCAAGUCCCAUAACAACAUGUUGAGACUGGAACUCUAUGGAGAAUAUUUAAUAUGAGAGUGAUAUUGUUCAGUGAAAUGUAAAAUGCAAGGAACAGUCGUUUGCAGGCAUAUUGUUUGCAAAGAAUGAAUUACACUAAACCUUCCCUUUAACACUUUCCAGUCACUGGAGCAUCUUAUAUUUAUCCUUAUCAAAUCGAGUGUUACCAAUUUUUUUACAGUUUUUAACAUAAUGUACGUGUGUUGUUCCAUUACUGAACAUGACAUGCUGUGAUAAAUUGUAUAUAUAAUAUUGAUGUACAGUUACAUAAAACAAAUCAGUUUUUUUUUCCAAUCCGUGUCUUUCUGCUGUCGACCUUACCCUGCAUCUGAAUCUUCUACGAAGAGGAUUGAAAUUGUGAUUAGCUUACAAUAUAGUUCAAAUGAGUGACCACUUACAGUGGUUCAUAUUCUCCAAAUAAAAGAUCUAUGAAUGAGUUAUAUUGGCAUGCCUGCAAUAUUUGAAUGCAUUUUGUCCUCUCCACAAGAUGGUUUCUACCUCAUGAAUGCAAAAAAAUGGUUUAUGUUGCUGUUGGGCCAUGCUUAUAUCAGUCUGUAAAUAAGUGCUUGAAACAAAACAAUGAAAUCUGUUCAUCUAAACACAAGAAAACACAUAGAGAAUGCUAUGGUACAAACUGAUCGAAGACUCAAAAUUGAAUGUGCUUGAACAAAAAAUCAAGAAAACACUUAGAGAAAUGUUAUUAUAGAAACAAAUAGAAGACUUAAUGUGCUUGAAAAAAAAAGGAAAUGUGUUCAUUUAAACACAAGAGACACCUAGAUAAAUGUUCUGGUUCAAGCCAAUCAAAGAUUAAAUGUGAUUGAAACACACAAGAAACGCCUAGAGAAAUGUUAUGGAUCAAGCCAAUCAAAGAUUAAAUUAUGUGAUUGAAACAAAAUUGGAACACAAGAAAACACCUAGAGAAAUUUUAUGGUUUAAGCCAAUUAAAGAUUAUAUGUGAUUGAAACGGAAAAUUAGAUCACAAGAAAACACCUAGAGAAAUGUUAUGAAACAAACCAAUCAAAGACAAUAGAGAUGUUUUAUUGAAAUCAACGCAGACUCACUUCAAGAGAAACAGUUGCUUACGCCCCUCCAUGAAUUCCAUAGGAAUAGAUGCCAUGCAUAAUCUCCUGAGAUGAAAAUGUUUUCCUCAUGAACUAUUGCUCAUAUUCGAUUAGAGAGUGGUCAGGCUGGGGAUGAAGGGGAGAUUUGACUCCUGGUACCAGUAUACACGUAGGGGCGCCUUACACUAAAAGAUGGGACCCCAACCUACCCACUGCUAGAUCGACCAGGAAUGACCUUGAACUCCUUUAGUGAAAACCUUCCCACCAGAAAAUAAUGUGUACAUAUAAGCAUGGAUGCAUAUUAGGAUAUUGCGGUUAAGCCUUGAAUAUUGACACUUGCCGACAAUGCUUACGAAGUCCCUGCAGGUCCUAAAGAUGGAUUAACAUUGAUUGGAUUGCGUCUGCUACUCCCAUUAUCUGACCAAGGAGUUUUUCGAUGAUGAUGUGCAUGUGUCUGACUGGGUGUUAUGUUGCUAUGGAAAACGUGUACAAAACAGUCACAUGGUCUUAUAUUGUUCUAUGUCCAAAGCAGAUGUUAAUGUUGCCUGCAGUGGAAAGGACAACCUAUAGGGAUUAUAUUGUCUGGCGGUGUCAGCCACAGUGUUAGACUUUCAUAUCCACUUUCUAACUUAUAUAUUUGUGAUCCAACCUUUAUCAAACUUAGUCACAAUGUUUAUUGGCAUAAUGGCAAAAAACAGCCAGAUCCAGAGCACUAUAAUUAUGUCUCUUGUCGGCAUUUUGGCCAAUUUCAAAAUGUCUGCUUUCUAACUUAAACGUUUCUCAUCCAAUCCUACCAAAUAUGAUCACACUAAUUUACAUAAUUUUAUUAACAUUAUACAUGUAUGUUUAAACUAAACUUCAUCAUUAAUGAAAUAAUGGUUUUCCAUUCCAUACAGGCAACAUAUUCAUUUUGCAUAAAUUUAGUUCACAUGCUUCUCUAAGCUUGUACACGAAUAUGUCAUGGACACUGUACCAUGAAGCUGUUUUUUAGUAAAAUCUACAAGUAGUUCUACUAAUAAAAUUCACAGUUUGCAUUAUAUUUCGUUUCUCACGUUGCACAAGUUUUGUCAUUCAGUGAAAACCCUAGCACAAUUGGUAAAUAUUCCAUACUGUUGUCAUUCAAUAUCAAUGCAAGUUUGUUCUUAUUGUGUCCAGCCUUUUUGUAUCAUCCAGAACAAAUUAUGUAUUAUAACAUACUGUUUAUAAGUUUGAAGUGUACAUCUGUGUGUAUGAAUCACCAUAUUAUAAUAUUCAAGUUUGUAUGUUAAUGAUGUUACAACAUUUUUAGCUCACCUGUCACGUAGUGACAAGGUGAGCUUUUGUGAUCACUCUUCGUCCGUCGUCCGUCCGUCCGUCCACAAUUGCUUGUGAACACAAUAGAGGUCACAAUUUUGACCUAAUCUUUAUGAAACUUGGUCAGACUGAUCAUCUCUAUAAAAUCUAGGUCAAGUUCGAUAUUGGGUCAUCUGGGGUCAAAAACUAGGUCACUAGGUCAAUUAGUAGAAAAACCUUGUGAACACAAUAGAGGCCACAAUUUUAGCCUAAUCUCAAUGCAACUUGGUCAGAAUGGUCAUCUCUAUAAAAUCUAGGUCAAGUUCGAUAUUGGGUCAUCCGCGUUCAAUAAUUAGGUCACUAGGUCAAUUAGUAGAAAAACCUUGUGAACACAAUAGAGGUCACAAUUUUAGCCUAAUCUCAAUGCAACUUGGUCAGAAUGAUCAUCUCUAUAAAAUGUAGGUCAAGUUCGAUAUUGGGUCAUCCGCGGUCAACAACUAGGUCACUAGGUCAAUUAAUACAAAAACCUUGUGAACACAAUAGAGGUCACAAUUUUAGCCUAAUCUCAAUGCAACUUGGUCAGAAUAAUCAUCUCUAUAAAAUCUAGGUCAAGUUCGAUAUUGGGUCAUCCGCAGUCAAUAACUAGGUCACUAGGUCAAUUAUUAGAAAAACCUUGUGAACACAACAGAGGUCACAAUUUUGACCUAAUCUUUAUGAAACUUGGUCAGACUGAUCAUCUCUAUGAAAUCUAGGUCAAGUUCGAUAUUGGGUCAUCUGGGGUCAAAAACUAGGUCAGUAGGUCAAUUAGUAGAAAUACCUUGUGAACACAUUAGAGGUCACAAUUUUAGCCUAAUCUCAAUGCAACUUGGUCAGAAUGAUCAUCUCUAUAAAAUCUAGGUCAAGUUCGAUAUUGGGUCAUCCGCGGUCAAUAACUAGGUCACUAGGUCAAUUAGUAGAAAAACCUUGUGAACACAAUAGAGGUCACAAUUUUAGCCUAAUCUCAAUGCAAAUUGGUCAGAAUGAUCAUCGCUGUAAAAUGUAGGUCAAGUUUGAUAUUGGGUCAUUCACGGUCAAUAACUAGGUCACUAGGUCAAUUAGUACAAAAACCUUGUGAACACAAUAGAGGUCACAAUUUUAGCCUAAUCUCAAUGCAACUUGGUCAGAAUGAUCAUCUCUAUAAAAUCUAGGUCAAGUUCGAUAUUGGGUCAUCCGCGGUCAAUAACUAGGUCACUAGGUCAAUUAGUACAAAAACCUUGUGAACACAAUAGAGGUCACAAUUUUAGGCUAAUCUUAAUGCAACUUGGUCAGAAUGAUCAUCUCUAUAAAAUCUGGGUCAAGUUCGAUAUUGGGUCAUACGCAGUCAAUAACUAGGUCACUAGGUCAAUUAUUAGAAAAACCUUGUGAACAAAAUAGAGGUCACAAUUUUAGCCUUAUCUUAAUGAAACUUGGUCAGAAUGAUCAUCUUAACAUAAGCUAGGUCAAGUUCCAUAUUGGGUCAACCCAGGUCAAAAACUAGGUCACUAGGUCAAUUAGUAGAAAAACCUUGUGAACACAAUAGAGGUCACAAUUUUAGGCUUAACUCAAUUCAACUUGGUCAGAAUGAUCAUCUCUAGUUUUACAUAUAUACGGUAAUAAGAUGUUACGAGCAAAAAGAGUUCAGACCUAAAUUGCUAGAAAAAAAAAAAAUUAAAAAAAUGUAAAUGAUAUUAUGAUAUGUUGAACAAAAGGUCUGAUCUUUUAACAUUUUAAUGAGUCUUAGGUGAUGAUAUUUUACUUGAAUAGUAUUCAAGACUUUAUUUAUGAAUAAUAUUCAAACUUUUAUUGAUGAAUAUAUAAUUCUUAUGAUAUAUUUUUUCUUGUACACAUAUAUACUGCACUAAAGCACCAGUUUGCAUUGAAUAUAUGGAUUUUAGUGUAUUUAAUAAAUAAAAAUUGUUUUACGUUAUGAUAAUUAUUGAUAUUGUUAGAAUUUAUUACCUUGAAAAAUGCUCAAUGAUAAUUUUUCUCUUUGAAUUAUAGUUAUAAAUGAGGGCUGAUGGCUAGAUAGUAGAUUCUAUUGUAGUCUUAAUUAAAUGCUACUUAGAACUACAUGUUUCUAGCCCUCAAAAUGUUGAUUGUUUUUUUGAUAAAGUGUCACCAUAGUAACCUUCACAACAGCUCUGUAAUUGGUCUCUUAAAAUAGUAAGACUGCAGUCUUUAGAACGCAAGGUAACAUUCUUUUCUUAUUUUCAAGAUCGUAAGUGUGUUGUUUUUUCUAAAAUUAUUAUCCAACUUAAAAUUGUCGGAGAAUUUUUUUAUUAAAUGGAGUGGUACUCAAUAUAGUUGAAGUAAUCUAGUAUACUUAAUUUAACUUGUUUAUCUAUCCACAUAAAUUGACGAACAUGUACAAAGCGAGAAUCAAAACAUGUUGUUUUUUUACGUAUGACAAAGACUCCUUAAAUUGACAAACUCAAAUUCAAUUAUAAUUUUAAUGGAUUUUGAACUUAUUUGCCAUUAAUAUUACCAUAAUCUUUACACUGAAGAAAUAUGUCCAUGCAUUCAUGCAAUUUGAGAUGUUAAAAAGCUGGCUUCAUCUAUCAAUUAUUAAUUUGAAAGGCCUAUAUUAAGACCUAAUGCAUAUAUAAUAGUUAAUUUAAUCAAACUACUUGUAUAUUGCCAUGAAAAGCUACAAAUAGUGUGUACAAAAAGAUGGGUAUUGUUGGUAGGAGCCAUUCCAUCAAAAGUCCUAGGAGCAGUUUUGUACAUAGGAGAGAUUGUGUAGAUGUUCAAAGGUAGUACUGCACUGUCAAAAUUUCUCCUAAUGCACUGUUGAAAAUCUCUCUUAGUGCACUGUUUAAAAUAUCUCCUACUGCACUGUUGAACAUCUCUCUUAGUUCACUGUUGAAAAUCUCUCCUACUUCACUGUUUGAAAUCUCUCAUAGUAGAACUAUUACUGCAGUGUUGAAAAUCUGUCCUAGUGCACUGUUGAAAAUCUCUCCUAGUUGUACUUAACUGUUGAAUAUCUACUUCUGAACUGUUGAAAAUAUCUGCUUGUAGUACUGCACUAUUAAAAGAAUAUUUCCGUCUGCAUUGUUGAAACUCUUUCCUAGUGCAGAGAUGAAAGUCUCUCCUAGUUCACUUUUGAAAAUUUCUACUACUUGUAUUUAACUGUUGAAAAUCUCUUCUAGUGCAUUGUUGAAAAUCUCUCCUAGUACUACUGUACUGUCAAAAAUAUCUCCUACUGCACUGUUGAAAAUCUCUCCUACUGAAUCGUUGAUAAUCUCUCCUAGUAGUACUGCUCUUUUGAAAAUCUCUCCUAGUUGUACUGCUCUAUUGAAAAUAACACCCAAGGAGAAACUGCUGCUACAUGUAGAAUUCAUGAUGAAACAGACCCCUGCUCAUCAACUUACGAUAAAGAGAUUUUUACUUUAAUAAGAGUCAUGUUUUUUUAAUUGCAUAAUUAUUUGAAAGAAUAAUAUGUAUUUUGUUUUGAAUUUUUAAAAAUAAAUUAACUUGAUCAAUUAUUCAAUGCACUUGUUUUCAAUUUUAAACCUGUUAAAUAUCUCUUGUAGAAAAUGGUUUGUCUAGACUACAGUGUGCGCAUGUGUGUGUGUCUUUCACUGACUGAAGAACAUAUAUUUUGCAUGACCUAAUCUAUUAUUUCAUUGCAACUCAUUUUGCAUUUUUAUGUCAUUAUUGCAUUCAACGCCAAUUGCAGAUCAUUUUAGAGUUUUCUCUAAAACAGUUUAUCCUUGAACAGGAUUAGAUUAUUGAAUUUUAAAUAUUCAUCACACUCACGGUCUCUGUAUAAUAAUCAAUAUACUCCUAGUUGGUUUGAUAUUAUCUUAAACAUUGAAUCUCAUCAUGUUUUAUUUUGUUUCUGUCUCUAUAAUCAUAAUUUUUCUUUACUUUAGUAUUAUACUGUAUAUUGGUUUAAAUGUGCGAGGUAUUUUUUUCGCUACCCUUGUAAUUUGACCCAAUUUAUGAGAUUUAGAAUCUGCAUUUAAACCUCUAUACCGCUUGAAAUAUGCGAGGUCCUUUUUAUUAGCAAUUCUUGUGAUUUUACCAUUUUACAAGAUCAAAUGUCCACAGUCAUCUAUUUUACUUUAAAUAUGCAGUCCUUUUUUCGAAAUUCUAGUCUUUUGACCAAUUUGUAAGAUAUAGUGUCUGCAGGCCUCUGAUAAUAUAAAUUACUUCUGGACAUGUUUUUAUAAAUAUCAUUGAGCAAAAUUUUGAAUUUGUGAUGAAAUGUAAUUGCAAAUGUAAUCGAAAAUAAAGUCUCACAACAUUAAUGCACUCUGCAGUAUUUUUUAGUUAUUGACUUCUCCUUAGGCCAAACAAAAAUUGUUCGUUUUUAAUUUCACUUCCAAAAAUAAUAUGGGUGGUAGGUCAGCAUUUUAAAGUAAUUUUUAGGUAAAACUGUGUCUUUAUGUCUCUAAAAUGUCGCCCUUUUGUCUGGGUUGAUGCCAAGUAUAGAUAAAUUAAAAAAAAGUAUAUUUACAUGUCUUGCUAGCACAUGACACGUAUUUUAGAUAUAUAUUAUAAAACAAGGAAAAAAGAUAACGGCCUCUAAAAAUAUGUCCGAUGGCAAUGAAAAAAAUAAAGGUUGGAAUCAGUCGGAAAACUGGAAACAAACAUAUUUCUGUUUCGCCUUAUGACAUCAUUUUUGUUGUUGAAUUAUUUUUCAUUGUUUAUGUUAUUAGAAAAACUAACAAGUAUGUAAUGUAUAAUGAAAUACUCUCACAGUUGUUUUAAAAGGGUAUAGAAUUUUGCCAGUAUAUAUAUUAGAGUCUCGAUCAUUUUAAAGUAGCGUGCUAUAUUGUGUUAACGCCAAGACAAAUCAUGGAUGGUUGUUUUACUUGUUUAUACCAUUGUUUUUUGUUUUGUUUUAUUCAUUGUAAUCAAAGGUUUGUUUUACAAAUUCAAUCAAAAUGUAUAUACAUUUGUAAUCAUUAUAAUAUUUUUGAGUUUUUAAUUAUUUUAUUUUGUUAAUCAAUAGUUGGCAAUUAUUAGCUCUUUUUGUUACAAGAUUUAUAUUUAUUUUGUCUCAGUUUUUAUAUUAACUGCAUUCUUUCUGGUAAAAUAUAGCCUCAAUUAUGUUAGGACAACAAAGAUACUGUUCAUUUGAUAGGUAUCAUAAAUGACCCCCUCGUUUUAUUAAAUUGGUAGAACGACCCCUCAUGUAAAGAGAUAUGUAUUAUAUGCAAAAUUUUGGAUAAAAUGAAAUUACAUUCUAAAUCUUGACCUGACUUAAACAACCAUUUGACCUCAUUAUUCAGACAGCAAUAGCUCCGCAUUAGAACUUCCAGAUCCUUCCAGAUCCAGCUUUUUACUUAAAUACAAUAAUCACCUUUGAUUUCACUUAACAAGUAUAGCUAAAGUGUUUUGAUUGGACAGUAAAAUUAUUUGUCCAAUGAACUGCAUGGAAUCACUCAGAUGCAUGCCUGAUGGGAUAAGGAUAGUAAUUAUACUGAAUAUGGCCUUAGAUUUGUUUUACGUCAAUACAAUAAUCUUGUAAUUCUAUUUCUUAGUGCAAAAAGAGUAUUCAUUGAAUUCCAAUUAUAAUACAUUAAGCUGGAACUUUGUACAUUUCUUAUGUAUUUGUUUUGUUGCAUUUGUUUGGUUUCAAUUCAUUUUGAAAUUUAUCCUCGUUCAUUUAGCAUUGACAAUUAAUCUUUAGUUUGUCCAUUGUUUUGGCAUUUGUGAAUCACAUUUACAGCAUUUAACAUCUUUUAAUUUAUUAUUAUUUAUUAGCUUUUGGUUGUAUAAGUAUACAUUAUUUUGUAUGUACAAUCCAUCAAAUUUUUAUAUACUACAUGUUUCUGAUUAGAUGACAAAAUCACUUCUUAAUCUGAUAUUUCCUUUACUUUGCCAUCUUGCCUUGUGUAUAAGAGGUAUGGUAUCUGCUACUAAAUCAUGUGAAUUUUGAAUUCCUGGUGACCACAUAUUAUUUUUGGUACAUAUUAUUUACAUGUACAGAAAGAAUGCUGUAAAAAGUACACUGAAAAUAUUUCUACAAACAGGUUUUUUUUGGGGUCUUGAAAUAUGGCGAUAUGGGUCAUUUAACAUUUGAAUCCAGAAAAAAAGGACAAAUGUACAAACUAUAUUAACUUAUUUAUAAUGUAUUCUUAAACAUUUGCAUUCAGCAUUCAAUAUCCUUUCAAAUUAUAUCAAAGUUAUAUGGGGUCAUCAGACAUUACAUUUGAAGGGACUGGACAUGAGAUUAUUUUACAUGAUUUAAACAAUAUUUUGUCACUGUCUCAGCUGAGUUUACCUGUUUAAAAGUAGCACAUAAUGGUUUCCCAGUAUAUAGUGUGUAAAUUUAGCAUGUGAAAGUCACGUGAUUAAAACAGAUAAAAAUACAUGGUAGACAGACCACCUAAAUUUCGAAUUUGAAAAGCAUGCAAAAGCCGCGAAAGAUACAUGUGUCUUAAGUAAUGUGAUACAUCAGUAAGAAAGAAUUAAUGCUGUUGGAUGCAACGAUAUUGAUUUUAUGUAAAAAAAAAUACUAUUUUCAUUUGUUCUUGCAAUGUUCUUAUCUGGUGUCUAGUCCAUUUAACAUGGCUUGAUAAAAUGACAAGCUUACAUGUACAUCAGAUGCCUUAAAAUCUUCUAUAAUUUAGAGUAUUUCAGUCCAUUUUGUUCAUACUGGUAACUAGGAGUUAUGAAUUUGUUCAUCGUCUGGAAUUUAAUCAAUUUUAAUAUGAACAAGAAAACUGUUUGUUAAUUGCCUUGAACGUACGCCUAUAACAGAUCUUUGACUGGUUGUUCCUUAUUUCUAAUGAAUUAAUAACGAAUUUGAAACAAAACCCAGCAAGUAUGCUACAAAUACAUGUUGUAAAUCCCAUUAUCAUGAAAACUUUUUGAUUGAUGAUGGGUACUCAUUUUGUGGAAAGCUCCUUGGGGGUGCUAGUUGGCAACCCCCAUCAAUUAUGUAGGGGCACAUGUUUUAAUGCACCGCAUGGUGCCACUAUAUGGCGAUACUUUCAUACAUAAUAUAUAACUUACCCUCUUCUCGUUAUGUUCUAUCAUACACAGCUCUCGGAGUGCUAUUGUCGACUUCUAAAUAUUUCUUGAAAAUUAAUAGGCAGAAAAUGACUUGUUUCACGUGUAUGGUUCUCUCUGUUAAUUACAUGUUGCACUUGUGGUAGAGUUUAUGAAAGUUGUUUUCUAUUCGUUUGUGAGGCAUAUGGUCUGAGAUCUACAUUACAGUCUUGUUAUUUCGUUAUAUAUAUUUAUUCACAACUCAUUGUAUUUAAAUAUAUGAUUUUGAUUGUGAAAUCCUGAUUAAAACAUGGUUUACCUUG